AUGCAAGGUGCCACAUUUCUUUCUUUCUUUCUUUCUUUUUUCUUUCUUUCUUUCUUUCUUUUUUAUUUCUUUCUUUAUUUUUUAUUUCUUUCUUUCUUUAUUUUUUAUUUCUUUCUUUCUUUUUUCUUUCUUUCUUUUUUAUUUCUUUCUUUCUUUUUUCUUUCUUUCUUUCUUUUUUUUUCUUUCUUUCUUUUUUAUUUUUUUAUUUUUUCUUUCUUUCUUUCUUUCUUUCUUUUUUAUUUCUUUCUUUUUUCUUUCUUUCUUUCUUUUUUCUUUCUUUCUUUCUUUCUUUUUUUCUUUCACACUUACCUCUGUCCCGAAUUUCUUUUUUGCUUGUUCUUUUUCGUUUUUCCUUUAUCGUUUUUCUUUCUUUUUCCCGUCUUUCUUUCUUUCUUUCUUUCUUUCUUUCUUUUCUUUCUUUCUUUCUUUCUUUCUUUCUUUCUCCUCUUUUCUAUCUUUCUAUUUAUUUUCUUUCUUCUUUUCUUUUUAAUUUUUUUUCUUUUGCUUGUUCUGUCUUCGUUUUUCUAUCGAUUUUCUUCCUUUUUGUCUCCUAUGUUUCUGUCUUUUAUUUCUAUCAUUCCAUUUCUUUUCUUUUCUUUUCUUUCCUUUCCUUGUUUCUUUCUUUCUUUGUUGCUAUCUUUUCUUUUCUUUCUUGUUCUUCUAAAUUUUCUUUGUUUUCUUUUCUUAUAUUUCCCGUUCUUUCUUCCUUUUUUCUUCCUUUUCUUCUUUAUUUAUUUAUUUAUUUAUUUAUUUUUCUUCCUCUUUUUUUUUCUUUUCUCUAAUCGUUGUGUAUUCUUUUCCUUUUCAUCCUUCACAGCCGUCGGCACUCUCUUAAACUUGAUCCAACCUCCAUCCAUGUUCUAA